AUGUCUGAGGACGCAGCCGGAGAGUCUGCGUCGGGCCUACCCCCAGAUACAUUGGCAGAUCUGAUUACCGACAUUCUCGAGGAUACUUUAUCGAACAUAGUCCUUCAGACCGCUCUGUCAUGUCACCGCUCCGAAAAGCUUCUGCGCAUGCAGUCCGCCGCAACGCAAGCCGAGUCCAUCGCCCUCGCAACCCUCGAGCCAGCCUCGCUGAAAGCAGGCGCAGCCAGCCAGCCCGCAAUCCCGAUCGCUGAGACAUCCGCUGCGAAGUAUGAGAACGGGCGUGUCCUCCUCAAAGGAAAUCCUCUCAAGACAACGCCUGAAAUCAUAUGUCCACACUGCAAGCUGCCACGCCUGAUGCACCCAAUCAUGGGCAAGGGCAUGCAGAACCCAGACCUGACUAAAGAGUACUGUAUGCUCUACCCGUGGGUUCAGCGAUCAGGCCACGAUGUCUACGGCAAUCCGUUCCCCACAGACAUGGCUAAGAGCAAGAAGGAGCGCGAGCUCAUCAAACAGCAGCAGAAGAACGCCGACAAAGAGAGUGUGGGCACGCCAGGCUCACAAGACACGGAAAUGACCGGCGGCGACGCAAGAGAGAUCAAGCUCAACACCGGCGGCAAACCCGCAUCAUACAUCCCAUGGCACACGUGUCCCAACUGCAAGCGUUCGCUGCUCAUUACGCGCUUUGCGCAACACCUGGAGAAAUGCUUAGGCAUCUCUGGGCGUCAAUCCAGCCGCAACGCCAUGGCCAAACUGGCAGGCCAAAAUGGGACAGGUUCGGGCCUCGGCAACACACCACUCGGCAGCCGUUUAGGCACGCCCAACCCAGGCCCACAAGGCGACUCCGUAGGAUUCAAGGCGAAGGGCAAGGGUAUCAGUCCGGCAAAGAAAUUCUUGCAGGCCGACGACGAUCUGGACGAGCUUGGUGACGACACUCCUGAGCGCAAAAAGAAAAAGAAAAGCCCAUAUAUCAAGAAGGCGGAUCGCGAAAAGGGUACCAAUUCUGGGAGUUUGAAGGUUAAGCUCAAGACCGGUAGGCCUGAGGUUGAGCGCAAGGUCAGCGAGACAAGCGAAAGGAGUGAGGGCAAGAGGGAGAGAGACGGUGAUGAUGGCGAGGAGCCGAGAAAGAAGAAAAUCAAGCUCAGUCUAGGUGGAAAGGAGAGGGCAAGUGCAAGCGUGGAGCCGGGUGAUUGA